GUGGGAGUCGAGAGCGUCUCAAAGCGCCCAAGCCAUGGUGGCCAAACAGCGGAUCCGGAUGGCUAACGAGAAGCACAGCAAAAACAUCACCCAGAGGGGGAACGUAGCCAAAACCCUGAGGCCGCAAGAAGAGAAAUAUCCUGUAGGACCAUGGCUGUUGGCACUGUUCGUUUUUGUUGUCUGUGGCUCAGGUUGACCACAUAAACACUGGCCUUUCCUGGAGACUGACAGAACUUUCUCGGAACUGUGACCCCCAGAGGGAGUCACCUCCUGCAACCAGCAAAUGGGGUGCUUGAGGAACGGGACAGCCCCGGAGGAAAGACAGAGGCCAUUCAUCUGCCCUGGAACCCUGCCUCAGGAUCCAAGAUGGACAGUCUAGAGAAGACAUUUCACCAGCCAUUGACUUCCUCAAGGUGACCUGCAGCCUCCUUGUUAUGUGCCACCCUCUGCCUGGUGCCCAGUGGAGCACUUAGGAUUGUGUAGGCUCUCUUUCUUGGAUGAACAUUUUCGCUAUUUUAAUGUGGAUAGAAGGCAUCCCAUUCUUUGCUAAUAGUAGGUGCAUUUUAUAACACCUUCCUGCCCUAACCUGUCUCUGGCAUCGCUCUUUAUUCCCUUUCCUCCAUCUCUGGAGAAGCUACCAAGAAAUGCCACCAGAAAAUUUUAUCUUGCCUUUGAUUUUCUUUGUGCUGAUCUCUCAGAGAGCUUUAAUGAUCCACGUUUGCCACGCAUGUCUCCUAACAUUUCUGCCUGUCUCUCAGGGAGCCUGUACUUUUUUUUUUUUUUUUUUUAACUAGUUCUUUUAUCGUUUUCAUUUUUUCUUAAUGAAAAAUAAAGCUUGAUUUUUACAGUUGUCUUAUCCUCCUAAAGGAUA